CACACAUGAUGCAUAGCAGCGAGUUCCUGCCUGCUGCGCCGGGGCAGUUAAUUUUAGCCAGGAUUUGUUCUAUGAGUUGUAAAACUGUUUACCCAAGUAGAAGUUAGUAAGCUGAAAUGUGACUUCUCGGCCUAGUGUGAUGGGAUAUCUAUUUUAGACUUCAGAUUGUGUUUAUGAUCCGGAGAGCAGUCUUCUGAAGAAUUGCUGCUCAGAUUUCCUUUGAAAGUACUUGAGGAGACAUCACAGCUUUCCCAGAUUGGGAGGAAAAAUAUGGAAUGUGUUUUACUGCUGACUGAACACAACCAAAUGAACUGUACUGACAGGAGUUUGAAAACCAGCAGUUAGCAGUUUGUUUAGGCUCUGACAUUGUCCAGCACUUUCCAGAGCAAACUCAGUUUACAAGAACCCUCGGCCUUACGACGUUUAUAACCUCAAGCUUCAUUUAUUUAAAAUAUUUCUGCAAAAGAAAAGUACCUGGAGCCCACUUUCCAACAUGGCCAUGGAUGAGUAUUUGUGGAUGGUCAUUUUGGGUUUUAUCAUAGCUUUUAUCUUGGCAUUUUCUGUUGGUGCAAAUGAUGUUGCCAAUUCAUUUGGUACUGCUGUGGGCUCUGGCGUGGUGACCUUGAGACAGGCGUGCAUUUUGGCUUCAAUAUUUGAAACCACCGGCUCAGUGUUGUUGGGAGCCAAAGUAGGAGAGACCAUUCGAAAAGGUAUCAUUGAUGUGAACCUGUACAACGAGACAGUAGAAACACUAAUGGCUGGGGAAGUUAGUGCAAUGGUUGGUUCAGCUGUUUGGCAGCUGAUUGCGUCCUUCCUGAGACUCCCGAUCUCGGGAACUCACUGCAUCGUUGGCUCCACUAUAGGGUUCUCACUUGUUGCCAUCGGUACAAACGGCGUGCAGUGGAUGGAGCUUGUCAAGAUUGUUGCUUCUUGGUUUAUAUCUCCACUGUUGUCUGGUUUCAUGUCUGGCGUGCUGUUUGUACUGAUCAGAAUUUUCAUCUUAAAUAAGGAGGACCCUGUUCCCAAUGGCCUCCGGGCACUUCCAGUGUUCUAUGCUGCUACAAUAGCAAUAAAUGUAUUUUCCAUCAUGUACACAGGAGCACCAGUGCUCGGUCUGGUCCUUCCCAUGUGGGCCAUAGCGCUCAUCUCCUUUGGGGUUGCGCUGCUGUUCGCCCUCUUUGUGUGGCUCUUUGUGUGUCCGUGGAUGCGGAGGAAAAUAGCAGGCAAAUUACAAAAAGAAGGUGCUUUAUCGCGAGUCUCUGAUGAAAGCCUCAAUAAAAUUCAGGAAGUGGAGUCCCCAGUGUUUAAAGAGCUACCAGGUGCCAAGACCAGUGACGACAGCACAGUCCCUCUCACGGGGCCGGCGGGGGACACGGCUGGGGCCUCGGAGGGUGUCUCGGCGGGAAACCACCCCCGGGCCUCCUACGGAAGGGCGCUUUCCAUGACUCACGGCUCUGUGAAAUCGCCCGUCUCCAAUGGCACGUUCGGCUUUGACGGCCACACGAGGAGUGACGGUCACGUGUAUCACACCGUGCACAAAGACUCGGGGCUCUACAAAGACUUGCUGCACAAGAUCCACACAGACAGGGGCCCCGAGGAGAAGCCGGCACAGGAGAACAGCUAUCGGCUGCUGCGACGGAACAACAGCUACACUUGCUACACCGCAGCCAUUUGUGGGCUGCCGGUACACGCGACUUUCAAAGCUGCUGACCCGCCAUCCGCGCCAGAGGACAGCGAGAAGCUGGUGGGGGACACUGUGUCCUACUCUAAAAAGAGACUUCGCUACGACAGCUACUCGAGCUACUGCAACGCGGUGGCAGAGGCUGAGAUCGAGGCAGAAGAGGGAGGUGUGGAGAUGAAGCUGGCGUCGGAGCGGGCAGACCCUGAGCAGCCUCCAGAGGACGCUGCGGAAGAGGAGAGGGAGGAGAAGGACACAGCCGAGGUCCACCUCCUGUUCCACUUUCUGCAGGUCCUCACUGCGUGCUUUGGAUCCUUUGCUCAUGGGGGCAAUGACGUGAGUAAUGCCAUUGGUCCCCUGGUAGCUUUGUGGCUGAUUUACAAACAAGGCGCAGUCCUGCAGGAAGCGGUUACCCCCGUCUGGCUGCUGUUUUAUGGAGGAGUUGGAAUUUGUACAGGUCUCUGGAUUUGGGGGAGAAGAGUGAUCCAGACCAUGGGGAAAGACCUCACUCCCAUCACACCGUCAAGCGGCUUCACCAUUGAGCUGGCCUCGGCAUUCACCGUGGUGAUCGCCUCCAACGUCGGGCUCCCCGUCAGCACCACGCACUGCAAGGUGGGCUCGGUGGUGGCCGUGGGCUGGAUCCGCUCCCGGAAGGCCGUGGACUGGCGCCUCUUCCGGAACAUCUUUGUGGCCUGGUUUGUGACUGUCCCCGUGGCUGGGUUGUUCAGUGCUGCUAUCAUGGCGCUCCUCAUGUACGGGAUCCUUCCAUAUGUGUGAUUUGUCUUCUUCCCGCCGGUAAACAGGGGUAGUCUGCUGUGGGUAUGUGUGAGAGGUGUGUACCCACACUUCACCCCCGUACACGCGUCCUGCCCACACACAGGCUGUCUCCCAGCCAGCUUCUCCGUGUCCCUUUCAGGUGGUUCCAAACCACACUGUUCACCUAGGCUGUAGAGGGUCAUCCUUCAGAGCUAACUUAACUACUGUACAUACUAAUGUGUGUUAAACUGGUGUCGUGGUGAUAUAACGUGGUGCAGUUACUUAUAUAUUAAAUAUAUAUUGUAUACAUAGAAUAGGUAGCAUUAUUUGAGACAUAUUCAAAAUGGGAGUGGAGAUAAUUGCCUAGAAUUCAAUAUUCAAAAAUCUUUGAACAUAAUGAUUUCAGUGGCAAAUUUUAAGAACCUUUUAAAAGGAAAGUGUAGAUUGGAAAAUGAUAUUUUUCCCAUUUAAUAUACUGUAAGAUAAGUGAGAUACAGGAUGGAUGAAACAAAUUUGGGAAGGUGUGUACGUACGUCAGCGUGCUAUCGAAUAAUACUGGAGCAGGAGUUCACAAGUGCUUUCACUGAAGAAUUCGUUCCUAUACUGUGUGUUGAUUAUGUAAUAUAUCAUAAUUGCUUCUGUAAAUACUUAAAACUGUAAUUUUUUAAUGGUGUGCUUCCCUUAUACUUUUUUGAUCAGAGGAUUUUGGAAAGUACCAAAGAAGCGGGGGAAUAGUUUGCCAGUAUUAUAUCUUCAUAUUGUCUGUCUCCCCUUCUCAUUAAUCCUACCCUUAACCUGGGAUGUGGCAACACCCUGCUCUGACCUGCCCCGGAGCAGUGUGGAUGGUGAGGCACCAGCCCCCACUGUGUGCACGUCCCACUGUGGAUUCCCCACCCCACCCCCCACAGCUGCCACAUCCCAGAGGCUGGCUGGCCUUGCAUCGGCCUGUCGUCGUCGUCCGUGUGUAGAAUGUACAGAUGUAAGGGCGUGUGGUCAAGCACUACAUUUCAAGUCCAGUGCACAUUGUCACCCCCAUUCUCCCCUGCAGCCUGAGGAACACGAUUCUCGUCUCAAACACUGAGGCGAGAGCUUUGAGAUUCUAGAAACUCGUGGGGCGGGGAGUUGAAAUAUUAGACAAUACACUGGAUUUGAGGAUUUCCUUGAGGCCUUUACUAAGCUGAACAUUGAUGCUCUGCUGUAGUCCCAGCAGAGUCGUCUUUUUUGAUAGCGGGAGGGAAGAAGUACGACUAAUGUUAGAGCCUGAAACUAUGGAAAUGCUGCUAAAAUUUUUAUAUUGACAAACAUUUUCUUGGUACUUCAUUGUGAUUUUUCAUUAAUCAACCAUAUUAAAUUUAUAAUAAAAAAUGC